UGAUAACCGUCUCAUCUCCAUUCCCGGUCUUCACCUUCGCGUAAUCCUCGACGCAAAAGAAGCGCGGAUUUUGCCACGAGAGCUUCUACGGGAUCCAGUGGAGUGUCUGAAAUCCUCUUCUCUUUUAAUCCUCUCUCAAACCAGAAAUCCUCAAAGAAUUGAAGGCAGGAAUUCGCGAAGGGAGCUGGCUGGCGAAGGUUUCGACGGAAUCUAGCAUUUGUUCGUUUGAAUCUCUUAAAUCCGAAGAACUGCAGGACUUAGUAAAUCUAGAGCUUGGGGCAAUCGGAGGGAAGUUUUGUAUUUGUAUUCGAUAUUCGAUCUGCUCUAAUUCAUUUAUUCUCAUGGUCUUGGUGAAGAUUUGGGCAAUCUCAUAUGGCUUCGGAUAUGGAUACAACUGAGCAGAAGUUAACGACCAGUGAUGCCUUGGCGUAUUUAAAGUGCGUUAAAGAUUUGUUUAAGGAUAAUAAGGAGAAGUACAAUGAAUUUCUCGAAGUUAUGAGGGAUUUCAAGAGCCAGAGGACUAAUACAAAUGGAGUGAUUAUGAGGGUGCAAGAACUCUUUAAGGGGCAUAGCGAUUUGAUCCUUGGUUUCAGCAAAUUUUUGCCUAAUGGCUACGAGAUUAAGGUUCCAGUGGAAAAGAAGCCUGUUGAAUUCCAUGAAGCUUUCACCUUCGUGAGCAAAAUUAAGAGCCGAUUUGAAAAUGAUCAACUUACUUACAGGUCAUUCUUAGAUACUCUUGAAAUGUAUAGGAAUCAUACUAAAUCAAGCAGUGAGGUUCGCCGGGAGGUGGCAUUGCUUUUUAAAAAUCAUGAAGAUUUAUUUAUGGAAUUUUUACAUUUUUUGCCUGAUACAACUACAUCAACUGCUCAACUUGUAUCACCUGCUAGACGUUUUGCUAGGCGUGAUAAGUUCAGAACUAUGAAGCCUCCUUGCAUGCAAAAGAUUCAGGAUAGAGAUAUGGAUAGGGAACAUGAAAAAAGGGAUGCAAAUAUGACCGUUGAAAGUGUUAAAUAUAGAGAAGACAAGCAAAUCAAUCAAGGUUCUUCAGAUUUCUCAAAAGACGUGGCUAAUCACAAAGUUUCUUUAUCCCCCAGUAUAAUGGAUUACAAAGACUUGGAUCUCUCGAACUGCCCAAGUUGUACUCCUAGUUAUCGGCUAUUGCCAGAAAAUUGCCGUGCACCUGUCUCUAGCGACAGAACUGAACUUGACAAAUCCGUUCUAAAUGAUGUUUGGGUUUCAGUGACAUCUAGAACUGAAGAUUAUUCUUCUAAUCCAUCGAGGAAAAGUCAAUAUGAGGAAAGCUUAUUUAAAUGUGAAGAUGAUAGAUAUGAGCUGGAUAUGCUAGUAGAGUCGGCAAAUACAACUGUUGAGAAAGUUCAGAAUUUGGUAAAAAAGAUGCAGGAUGAUAAUGAUAUCAACAAAUUAGAAUCACCGUUUCGCAUUGAGGAUCACUUAACCUCUCGAAAUUUGAACUGCAUUGAACGGCUAUAUGGUGAUAAUGGCUUUGACGCAGUGGAUGCUUUGAAAAAAAAUGCUAGUGUUGCUUUGCCCCGCAUAUUGGAUCGCCUGAAACAGAAACAAGAGGAAUGGACUACUUACCGUGCUAACUUUAAUAAGCACUUCUUGCUGAGAUCAAAGAAAUCUAUAAGAAGAAAAUGUAAAAAAUGAUGAUGCGAUGUUGCUAUUGCUUCUGAAACCCAAAAACCUGCAGUUCCUAAUAGGGAAUUUGAUCCCUUGGAGAUCCACAAAUCAGCUGGUC